AUGGAGUCGGAGGAGGAGAAGGAAAGUAGUAUAAGCAUGGUGGAGGCAAAGUUGCCCCCAGGAUUCAGGUUUCACCCGAAGGACGACGAGCUUGUGUGCGAUUACUUGAUGGCAAGAUCUCUUGGUCACAAUAAAAAUCAAACUCCUCCUCCUCUCCUCUUGAUCCAAGUCGAUCUCAACAAGUGCGAGCCUUGGGACAUCCCCAAAACGGCAUGCGUGGGAGGCAAAGAUUGGUAUUUCUACAGCCAACGAGAUAGGAAAUACGCGACGGGGCUGAGAACAAACAGAGCAACGGCCACCGGAUAUUGGAAAGCCACAGGGAAAGACAGAGCCAUUCUAAGAAAGAGUAAGCUUGUUGGGAUGAGGAAGACAUUGGUAUUUUAUCAAGGUCGAGCUCCCCGUGGUCGUAAAACUGAUUGGGUCAUGCACGAGUUUCGUCUCCAGGCUUCCUUUGAUCCUCCUACUCUGAACUCUCCAGAGGUACAGGAAGACUGUGUCUUGUGUAGAGUGUUCCACAAGAAAACAGAAGGAGUUUUAAGUAGAGACAACACGGGAAGCUGUUUUGACGAGACAGCCUCCGCUUCUCUUCCUCCGCUGAUGGAUUCUUACAUCAACUUUGAUCAGCACUUCAUCACCAAUGAGCAAGUGCCCUGCUUCUCCAAUUUGUCACAGAACCAAACCCUAACCAACUCAGUCUCUGAACUCAAGACUCCUUGCAAGAACCCUAUCAUCCCCUUGUUCACUGGUGGUUCAGCCCCCACCACGCUCCCAGGGCUAGACUCGUUCUGUUCUUCAGAUCAGAUGGUUCUCAGAGCUCUGCUCAGUCAGCUCACUAAGAUCGAUGGAGGCAUUGAGGUUAAAGAAUCACAGAGCUCCGAGAGCCUCUUGAUCACCGAUAUUGGCAUACCAAGCACUGCGUGGAAUUGA